AUGAGGGCCAGAGGUUUAUUGAAUUUUAUUCUCGGGGCCCUGCUCCUUGUGCUGCUGGUUGCAGUGCAAGUGCAGUCUGCACCCGCAGAGCAGUAUGUCCUUGCCAGUCCGGUUUCAAAACAAGAAAAAGAGGUUCGAUUUCUGACAUUCCGAGAUAAUCUUGAUAGAAGAGAUAUUGCUCUAGCGCCAGGUCAAAGUUUGGACACCCGUGGAUUGUCCGGAAUUUUUAAGAAGUUCAAGAAGUCAAAGAAAGGAACAUGCGAUGAGUGCGAUCUAGCAGAGCCGCAAGGUGUUCAAGGGGGCUCCCAAACGGUCUCCGACCAAACUUCAAGCGCUCUUGAAAGCCUUUACCGGACUAUCAAAGGAGUCAACUUGGUCAAAACAGGCGGGACUGUCCACGUCUCGUUCGAUCCAAAAACUGCAGCUUUAUACGGCGCAAGUGAGAUCUAUGGGUGUACCGUCGUUAUCGUGCUCGAUGGUCAGGGAGCUGUCAUCGGGCAUUACCCGCAGGAAUAUGGAAAUGUCAUAACGAUGAACGACGCAGCAGCAACACAAAAGAAGAUCAUCACGCCUUUGGAGGCGGCUCUUGAUCUAAUUGACUUCACAACUCAGACGCAGGCCUAUAUCGUGCACUCCUCGACUGAAAAGUCCACCGGAUACAACGCUAUUGUUCAGGCACUGACUGAAAAUGACAUGCCCAAAACCAAUAUCCACUCUAUGCCAUACACUGCCGGUCUGUCUACAGUGGGACACAGGGGCAAAAUUGUCGUACAAUGGGAACUGAAAGAAGAUGGAGGGGCUAGACUUAAGCUCUAUGUUCAGAAUGAGGAGCCUGUCUACGUGCGCGAUUUCGAUAAAGACAGGAACCCAUGUACAGAGAUUUGA